GGCGGCUUCGGCCAGGUGUUCCGGGCGAGGCACCAGCGCUGGCGGACCGAGUACGCCAUCAAGUGCGCCCCCUGCCUCCUGCCGGACGCCACCAGCUCCGAUGUGAAUUGCCUAAUUGAGGAAGCAACCAAAAUGGAGAAGAUAAAGUUUCAGCACAUCGUGUCCAUCUAUGGGGUGUGCAAGGAGCCCCUGGGCAUCGUGAUGGAGUUCAUGGCCAACGGCUCCCUGGAGAAGAUGCUGCCGACUCACAGCCUCUGCUGGCAGCUCAAGUUCCGCAUCAUCCAUGAGACCAGCUUGGCCAUGAACUUCCUCCACAGCAUUAAGCCACCUCUGCUCCACCUGGACCUCAAACCGGGCAAUAUCCUCCUGGACAGCAACAUGCAUGUCAAGAUUUCAGACUUUGGCCUGUCCAAGUGGAUGGAACAGACAACCAGGAUGCAGUACAUUGAGAGGUCAGCUCUGCGGGGCACACUCAGCUACAUCCCCCCUGAGAUGUUCCUGGAGAGCAGCAAGGCCCCAGGACCCAAAUAUGAUGUGUACAGCUUCGGGAUUGUCAUCUGGGAGCUUCUCACUGAGAAGGAGCCGUAUUCAGGGUUCAGCAUGAUGACCAUUAUCAUCCGGGUGGCUGCAGGCAUGCGGCCCUCCCUGCAGCCUGUGUCCAGUAAGUGGCCAGGUGAGGCCCAGCAGAUGGUGGACCUGAUGAGGCGCUGCUGGGACCAGGACCCCAAGAAGAGGCCAUGCUUUCCAGACAUCACAGUUGAGACAGACAUGCUGCUGUCCCUGCUCCAGAGUCCUGUGGCAGAUCCAGAGAGUGAGACCCUGGCCAGGAAGGUGUCCUGCAAGCCAUCGCUGCACCAGCCACGGGAGGUCAGUGAGGAAGUCGGCCAGGAGCUAACGGACAGCGAUUCAGGAGACUACUCGAAGCGGGUCCUGCUGCUCUCCGACAGUGAAAGUUUGGUCCCAAGCUACGAGGAACUGCACAUCUGUGAAAACAAGGUCACGCCUCUCCAUUUCCUUGUGGCCCAGGGCAGCGUGGAGCAGGUGAGGCUGCUGCUGGCCCACGAGGUGGAUGUGGACUGCCAGACGGCCUCCGGCUACACACCCCUCCUCAUUGCCACCCAAGACCAGCAGCCUGACCUCUGUGCCCUGCUCUUGGCACAUGGCGCUGACGCCAACCUAGUGGACGAGGAUGGCUGGGCCCCACUGCACUUUGCAGCCCAGAAUGGGGACGACCACACCACCCGCCUGCUUCUCAACCAUGGGGCCCACGUGGAUGCCCAGGAGCAUGAAGGAUGGACCCCGCUCCACCUAGCCGCACAGAACAACUUUGAGAGUGUGGCACGGCUUCUGGUGUCCCGGCAAGCUGACCUCAACCUGCGUGAGGCUGAGGGCAAGACCCCCCUCCACAUGGCGGCCUACUUUGGCCAUGUCAGCCUGGUCAAGCUGCUGACAGGCCAGGGGGCUGAGCUUGAUGCUCGUCAGAGAAACCUGAGGACACCGCUGCACCUGGCAGUGGAGCAGGGCAAAGUGAGGGCCAUCCAACACCUGCUGAAGAGUGGGGCAGUCCCCGAUGCCCUUGACCAGAGUGGCUACAGCCCACUGCACACCGCGGCUGCCAGGGGCAAGUACCUUAUCUGCAAGAUGCUGCUCAGGUAUGGGGCCAGCCUGGAACUGCCCACCCAGCAAGGCUGGACGCCCCUGCACCUGGCGGCCUACAAGGGCCACCUAGAGAUCAUCCACCUGCUGGCUGAGAGCCACGCAGACUUGGGUGCUCUCGGAGCCAUGAACUGGACCCCCCUGCACCUGGCUGCCCGCAAUGGGGAGGAGGCGGUGGUGUCGGCGCUUCUGCGGUGUGGGGCAGACCCCAAUGAUGCCGAGCAGUCAGGCUGGACACCCCUCCACCUGGCAGUCCAGAGGGGUGCCUUCCCGAGCGUCAUCAACCUCCUGGAGCACCAUGCAAACGUCCAUGCCCGCAACAAGGUGGGCUGGACACCUGCUCACCUGGCUGCCCUCAAGGGCAACACAGCUAUCCUCAAAGUGCUGGUCAAGGCGGGUGCCCAGCUGGAUGUCCAGGAUGGAGUGGGCUGCACGCCCCUGCAGCUGGCCCUCCGGAGCCAACAGCAGGGCAUCAUGGCCUUCCUAGAGGGCAAGGAGCCCUCAGUGGCCAUUCUGGGUUGUGCUGAGUUGGGAGCCCAGACAGAAGUUUAG